AUGGAUCCUGAUACAUCCAAUGACAAAGAGAACAAUGAAUCAGGUAGUCAAAAGUCCAAGGCUAACAGAAGAGAUUCAUUAGGUAGAGGAAUCCUCAAGAACUUAAACAGACAUGAUGAUAACAACACCAUAGCAGUCAUGCAAUUACCAUUAAGGGACUCCCAAAAUCAACUGAAUAUAAAUCAAGGGAAAUCUAGUUACAGAAGAAGAGUUUCAUUUGCCCCUGAAGUUACUUUGCAUAAGAUUGAACUCGUUCCACACAGUUCAACUGAACAACGUCAACCAAAAAGAAGAGAAACUAUUGCUUUUGCACCAUCAUCCAGUCGAAGCCAAAGUCCCGUACAUGGUUCCCAUCCCAUUAUAGGUGAGAAGCGUAAACAUCAAGAAGUUGAAGAAGAGGAAGAUAAUGGUCUAAUGUAUGAUAGCAGUGAUGUUGAAAUGGAAGAUGAUAGUCAUGUUUAUUCAUCUCCAAACAAAAUCACUACGGGUCCAAGAUUCGAAAUACAUAAUGACGGUGACUCUGACAAUAUGAGCUUGACAGAAAACUUUGAAGAGAGUGAUGGUGAAAAUACUAUGGAUUUGACCAAGCCACUGGGAAAUAUUCAGCAAAUGAUGCUUCAAGAGUCAAGUAACCCAUUAGGCCUAUCAAAUCAACACUUAAAAGACACACCUGAAACAGCAUCAAGGCCGUUUGGAUCAAUUACGAGUAUUUUUGGUAGUGAAGCUGCCAGUGAAGAUGAUCAUGAACAAGAAAUGGAAUUAACUCAACCAUUCAGUAAGGUAAUUAUUUCCAACAAAGAGAAAGAAGCUGUUGAAGCACAUGAUUCCAAAGAAUAUGAUGUAACCAUGGAGGAAACAACUAUGGAUCUCACAAGUAUUGCUGAAGGUAGCACUGAUAAGAUAACAAUGCACAAUACUCAAAUCAACCGUGGUGCUGAUGGUGCCUCAUCCAACAAGACUCAACCUCUAGCUUCAACCGAUGAAGAUACAGCUCUCAAUGAUGAUACAGAGGUUUCAAUGGAUGUGACAAAAUUGAUGCCUAUCAAUAAUACUCCACCAGAAGUCCACAAAGCAUCAACUACAGAUGAUCUGAAGAAAGCUAAACAUACAACACCACUCAAGCCAUCACGAUCCCAUACUUCGGAAACUGGCUCUCCAAUGUCCUCUAAAGGCAAGAAUAAGCAAGAUGAUACAAUUUCAUUCAACUUAAGGGAACGCAUCAACUCAUUGACCCCAAAGAAGAAACGCAAAAGUCUCAAUAAGCAACAGGUUAGCUCUCAAGAGAAAAAAUCAGAUUUAUUCUUCCCACUUGUUAGUGCUCAUCAUAGUUCCCAAGAAGAACCUAAAAGCUCAUUCACACCACUAAGAUCAUCAAAAGGCUCAAGCAGGAAGUCUGUUAUCGGAACGGACCUGAUUAACUUUGCGCUGGAAUCUAUUGAGAAAGCACCAUUGGCACCUUCCCAUGAUGAAAAUGUCACAAACACCGAAGAGUAUAUUCCGGUCUCUUUGAAACAGUUUUUGAGUGACUUAUCAAUUGAAUUUUUUGACAACCUUAACAUCAAUGACGAUUUGACGGUGUCUUUUAGUGAACAAUUUGACAUCACAGGUAUCCAUACAUUUGAUUACUUAAAAGGAAAGAUGUCACUCAUACCAUGGCUUGAGCUUUAUAUGUUUAGCUGCACUGAACUUCAAAAGAACAUGACUGAAUUAAAAAGAUUAUUCGAUAACUUGAAUGAAGAGUUUUCUGAGGAGAAUCCACCUUUGGUUCGUGAAUAUUAUCAAUCUACGAAUAUACAACAACAGAAGAAAAUGAGUGAUCACUUAUUGUUUAUGAAAACUUUAUCAGAUAAACAGGCAGAAACUUCAUGGCUUACUUGGAGAAACCAACUUUUAGAAGAGCUUGUUAGUCGUUUAGACACCAAUUUAAGAACACUAAAGGAGGAAUCAACUAAUUUGAGCUCGGUCUUAGAAGAAGUGACAAACUUGGAGAAAACAAUCGAUGAGGAAUUUUUUUCGAUUGAUAACCAACUUCAAGGUUAUUUGAAACAAAAUGAGGUAGCUGAGGCUUCAUCUAGUGAGGAUGUCACUUCGUUAAGACACGAACUUCUGGAAUUUUUAGAUACAUCAUUGUCACAGCAGAAAGUAUUUGAUGAUUUGGAGAUACAAGUACAAGAAAGUUCAGAUAAACUUAAAGAUUCAAAAGAUUUAGAGAAAGAAGUAAACCAAAAGUUAGAGUUCAUCGAAACUAAUGGAAGAGAUCCAUUGUCAAGACUUGAACACCUGAAAAAGUCAUUUUUAACAAUUCAAUCAAUAUCAGGCUUGAAAUUUCACCAACUAGCGGGAACUAUUGUCACUGUCGGACUCUGUGAUGGCUUAGUUGAGCUGAAGGUGGAUUUAUCGGAUUCAGAAGCGAAACCUUUAGAUCACAUAUUAUCCAAAGAAUUGCCAACUUUAACUCAGUUUUAUUUGACUCGUUACUUGUCCAGUCCUCAAUCACUAAGUAUAGGACAACAGCUAACCAAAAUUGGUAAAAUAAUACAAUCAUUAAACUGGUUGGAUGAUCAACUCUACUUCAUAGGUUUAGUAUCGCCGGUCAAGUUAAUUAUGGGUGACACAUUAGAUAUUGUGGUGAAAGAAACAAAUAACGUUGAAGGAUAUAAGGUUUUUAUCAAGUUGAAGCUCACAGAAAUAUCAUUGUACGGUAACUUGAACCCGGAUUAUAUAACAGCAAAUGUUGUUUAUGGCCCCCAGGGACUCGAUGGAGAUAUACUUUUGGACAACUGGAAAUCAAAAACUACAAAUAACUCUUGGAUACAAAAAUUUGACACAUUGACACUUAUACAUAGUUGA